AUGGCCACAGAAUUGGAAUUUGCUCAAAAAUAUACCUCUCUCGUUAGAGAAGUGUGCCCAGAACCAGUUGCAGAUUCUAAAUUGGCAAAUCUCAACGGCAUCCCAAAAUUCGGCUUUAUAAAGAUUACAGCACCCCAAGUUUACAAGAGAAAGAUGGAAUCCAACGGGGAUAAAGAGAUAAGCGUGACGUUUAGAAGUAUAAGGACGCCAAAAUUCAAGAAAAUACUCUCCAUAAAAGCAGACUGGCUUAUACAUAAAGUGAAGAGAUCACUUCAAGAAUCACUAAAGGAGGACAAUUUGAUGCUUGAUAUCGAACAAAUCAAGCUAAUGUUGAAGACAAAGACCGUUCAUGAUGGCAGCCGUCUCUCAAGUUUACUUAAGUCUCCAUCUGAUAAUAGUAUUACACUAAAUGCAUUUAUUACAAAGAUGUCGGCAGCGGAGAAGGCCGCCAAUGAAGCGGCAAAUGCAGAGAUCCCGGAGAUAGAAGCCACCAAAGAAUUGCCACAGGAGACCAAGGAAGAGACCCAGAGUUCACAAAAUAGUGAUAACGUCACAUUAAGUACAGAAGCAUGGGAAAAGAUCAACGAGAUAUUGAAGGGCGAAAUAUUGGAAAGCCAGCUAAGAGAAAAGUACUUAGAGGCUUUGAAGAAGGUGAAUGUGUAA